GGCAUAUGCGGCUGUUGCACGUACGUCGCGCGCGCACAGUCGCUCGAUUUCGUAUACAUAUUCGCGAUCGCGCACAUUUUAAACGUACUGGCCAAAGUAUAACAACACGAAUGUGAUUAUCAUUAUUUUUUUUUAUAAAUAAGCCUCCGUUGAUACGAUUGUUUAUGAUCGAGAAAUGAAAUCCAAUUAAUCGAUAGUGUUGAACGUAUUUUUGUUCGAGCAAAAAUACGAAGUCAAUUCAGCGAUAGUGAUGUGAAUUGAUUUUUUUGUGCCCGCAAGUGAAGUGAUAUGUGACUUAAAUGGAGUUUUAAAGGCCCACCGAUACAGAGAGGGGCAUACGGCUGUAUCCACACAUGUCACCCAAAAAUGAUUCCGAUUAUAGUGAGAGUGUGGUGCGAAAGUGGCGUGGGCUGGUCUCCCACAGCUGUGCCGGUGACGCCACAAACCACCAGCCGCGAUGUGCUGGACUGUUGCAGGGAGCCGGGAGACGAGCCCUGCUUGCUUAUCAGCGUGCACCCACAUCAUGGAGUUCACGUUUUACGAGAUGCCGAAUCACCCCUGGAAGUGGCUUCAGCAUGGGGACCUGAUGUCCAGUUUGUGCUCAAGUACAUUGACGAGGAGACGGGGAGCACGGAUAAGAGCAAUGGUAUGAAGGAACCGGGAUCACCUGAGGAAUUGUUGGGGGAAGGGGUGGAGCUGACGCUCGGUGAGCUGCGCGCGAUGGCGCUCCGCCAGCAGCAGCAGAUCGACACGCAGCACCAGCUGCUGUGCGCCAAGGAACAGCGGCUGCGGUACUUGAAGCAGCAGGAGGCACGCCAGCAUCAGGUGGCAGUAGAAGGUGAACGGCUACGAAGGUUGCGCGAGCGCGUAGAGGCUCAAGAACAGAAACUACGCAGGCUACGGGCGCUGCGAGGACAGCUCGAUAGAAACAAACAAACUAAUAUAGCUCUUACAAGUGAUUUAGAGUCAAUACGGGCGCUAUUCAAUGAGAAAGAAAAGGAGCUAUCCGUGGCGGUGGCGAAGGUGGAAGAGUUAACCAGGCAGCUGGAGGAGCUGCGGCGAGGUCGGGUCCAGCCCACACCGCCCUCGGCACAUGAGCUGGAUAAAUUGCGACGGGAGCUUAUGUAUCGCAACAAGCUGAACGAGCAGCAGAACGGGCGGCUGUCGGCGCAACGGGCGGCGCUCGGCGCGCGGCAGGAGGAGAUGAGGAGCAUCGACCGCCGCGUGUCCGAGCUGCAAGCGCGGCUGCUGCGGAAGCGCGCUCUCAACCGCCAGCUCGCUUCUGCACACAGGCAACCACAACAAAGAACGAACAAUUCAACGCCCAUGCAGCAGCUCCCCAACUAUCCGGCAGGCAACAAUCAAAUGAAUAGUCAACCAAAGAACCAGCAGGCGAGAGGCAACGUGGCUGCCGUGGAGCCUUACAAUCACAUACCACAUGCUCAGAGCUUACAUAACAAUAACUUCCAGGCUAUGAAACAAAACAACGUGCCAUUAAAACAACUAACUCAGAGUGAUAACAUGCAAACACAUCUAACCCAGCAGGAGGCUCAUUAUCUUCAACAGAAGCAAAUGAUGAAUCCUCUAUACAACGGAAACUAUCCGCAUAUGCAACACCCCGGGCAAGAUAAUCAAUACCCAGGACAAUAUCCCAACAAACACGACAUAAAUGCAUUUAAUCACGUUCAACAGGGUAUCACAAACGCGUACGACGGUAAAAAUAUUUUCGAACACGUCAAUAAGUACCCAGAAUAUCCCAAGCAACAAUAUCCCGCUAACAACACCAAUAGUUCAAAUAAUACAGGAAAGGAAGCUAAAAUAAAUGAGCAAGAAUUUCCACCGGAGUUCGCGGCUAGCAAAUCGGAUCCGAAAUAUCAAACAUUGCCAUAUAAUACCAAGUUCCCUCCAAAUACGAACGGUAAAGUUAAACAAGAGGUCAACGGUAAAAGCAACGAAGUGGAUAAGAAUCAAAAUCAACAAAAUGCAGCUAAUAUAAAUCAUAUGACGGUGCAUUCUACUCCGCUAUCGGUCGUGAACAAAAGUUUGGCAACGCCUUUGAGUCAAGAAGCAGCAUAUCAAGAACAUGCAUAUCAAUUACAAAAAUCGGAUUCGUCGAGUAGAUGUAAUCAAGAAGGCAAAGAGAAUCAUGCAUAUCCUCAGAAUUCUAGGUUAAGUCAAAGCAACAGUCAGAAUGACUCGAGAAGUAAUGGAAAAAAUCAGGGUAAUAUUUUAAAAGGAAACUCACCUAGCCUUUUGUCGAGUACGACUUCUGCCAGCAGUUCUAUAGGAUUCGGGAAACCCGUAUCGAGUGUAGCCCCUACAUCGGUUCAGGUCUCGAGCGGCAAACCAUCACCCAUAUACCAGACAUCCUCAACAAAAAUCCAACCAGUUCAACCACAAACCGUUCAGACUCAAAGCAUAUCCGUACCAUCGAAUCACGUAGCUAGUAACAUGGUCAAUUCCCAAAACCAGAUCAUAAGAAACACCGCAUCAGGACUAUCGAGUAGCACGGGGAGCUCUAACUACAAUGGCCAGAACGCAUCGUCACAAAGCAUCCUUUUGUCUCCUCCGCAAAGCGCCAGCACGCCGCUCUCCACCCCCGAUGUUAGCGGCACCGACAAAUCUCCCAAACCAGCGCUACCUCCUAAGCCUAGCAUUAAGACUCCACCACGGCAGUCGGCCAAUAACGAUAUAGGCUAUCAGUCAAGUGACGCAAACCCACCGACGAUUCCAGACUCAUCUAAUGACAGCGAAUCGCAAAAUCAAAGAGAAAACAGUAACGGUAGUAGCGGAAAUGAAAUGAUCAUUAAAGCUCGUCCUUUAACCAUACGAAAACCACCCCUUAGCGAACAACCGAAAUUAAGAAACCACAAUAAUGCUAAGAAUGGGAUCAGUGUCAGCAUAAAUAGAAGGAUUGAAAUGCCACCGGCUUUCUUAUUCCCCGAAAUGGAUCAUAUGGCACUAGACUCCCACAACGAUUUGCAAAAUGGAAAAGAGAGAUUAAAACAGAAGGACGAAGUGGACAGAUCAUUGAACAACAACAUAUCAAACCUUAGUGAUAAGCAGGAAGAUAGUAAAGAUGUCGUGUCCGAUAUAACAGAGCAAAUCAGCUCAGUCGAUUUGAACGGUCAGGAUUCUCAGAGAUCUGAGAAUGUGCUGAGGCGGUCAAAGAAGGGUAAUUUAAAGCAAGGAGGGAAGGCUCCACUAGCGAGGCGAGUGAGCUUCGACCCUCUUGCUUUACUGUUAGAUGCUAGUCUUGAGGGUGAGCUUGAACUUGUAAAGAAGACAGCUACACAGGUGCAAAAUGCGAGCGCUGCAAAUGACGAGGGUAUAACAGCUUUACAUAACGCCAUCUGCGCGGGGCAUUUUGAAAUAGUCAAGUUUUUGGUAGAAUUGGGUUGCGAUGUGAACGCACAAGACUCAGAUGGUUGGACGCCAUUACAUUGUGCCGCUUCUUGCAACAAUCUGCCUAUGGUUCGAUUUCUUGUUGAUAAUGGUGCUUGUAUAUUUGCAACAACUCUAUCGGAUCACGAGACAGCAGCCGAAAAAUGUGAAGAAGAUGAAGAAGGUUUUGACGGCUGCUCUGAAUAUCUUUACAGCGUCCAAGAGAAGCUCGGCAUAAUGAACGGCGGCACAGUGUACGCCGUGUUCUCGUACACGGCGGCGCGCGGCGACGAGCUGUCGUUCGAGUCGGGCGCGCGGCUGCAGGUGCUGCGCAAGGGCGACGACAGCGAGCGCGAGUGGUGGUGGUGCCGCAGCGACGCCGCCGAGGGAUACGUGCCCAGGAACUUGCUCGGGUUAUAUCCAAGAGUAACCCCACAGCAAGAAUGAAAAUAUCACGGCGUAAUGUAACGGACCUAAUCAAUUGUAAAUACGGUAGUUAAUUAUUUUUUAUGUAUUUAUAUCAUUGUAUGUAAUCUACUUUACAUUGUAUACAAUUUUAUGAGAUCUAAUAUUUUGUAAAUAUUUAAAUAUGUAAGUUCAAAACAAAUGAGAUUAUAUUGUAGAUACAUUUUAUAAAUAUGCGAGUCAUCAUUGUAACGGUUUGUACCUAUUAUUCUAGGAUAUUUGCAAAAAUUGUGAAAUAUUACACAUAAAUUGACAAUACAAAAUAAUUAUU